AUGUCCAAUGAGGACAAGGGGGUGUGGCCAAUGAGGAAAAGGGGCGUGGCCAAAGGGGGCGUGGCCAAUGAGGAAAACGAGGCGUGGCCAAUGAGGAAAGGGGCGUGGCCAAAGGGGCGGGGCCCGGCGGCGCUGACAGGGGGCGCAAUAAAGGAGAGAAACGGAGAGCUGUCCCUGCUGGAGCUGCGGCCGCAGCUGCUGCUGGCUUACCUGCAGGACCUGGCUCUGCUCGCCGCCUCCAAAAGCCGCGGCGCCUCCCUCGGCCUGCAGGGGGCGACGCUGGGGCGGCUGCUGGAGACCCGAGUGGUGCUGGAGAAGCUCCGCCCCCUGGAGCUGCGGCUCCGGCACCUCCUGGAGAAGCUGCUGAGGGCGGCGGCCGCCGGGGGGCGUGGUGCCGAGGACCCGCUCAGCUUCCGCCCCGCCCCCUCCAACAUGGCGGCGCAGGAGGAGGAGGAGGAGGAGGAAGGCCGAGGGGGCGGAGCCAAAGCGCCGGGGCUGGGGGGGGGGCGGCGCUACGUGCCCCCCCGCCUGGUGCCCGUGGCCUGCGAGCCCCCCGAGGACGCCGUUUCCCGAUCCCAAUCCCGGCUCCGGCGCCGGGCCCUCUCCUCGCUGGCGCUGCGGGAGCUGCGGGAGGAGUUGGGGGAGGGGCCCCGGCAGGAGGGGGAGGGGCCGGGCCACGCCCCCCCCGCCCUGAUCCACAGGCGCCGCUUUGAGGAGUCGAUGCUGCGGCGCCUCAGCGCCCCCUGGCGGCCGCCAAAGGGGGCGGGGCCAGGCCUGGAUGACGUCACCAACCUCGGGGCGUUUCCCGCCCUUUUGGGAGCGGCCAAUCAGGAUUCGUCGGAGCCGCCGCAGAAAAAGAGGAAGAAACAAAAAUCGGGGAAGAAGAAAGGGAGGAAGGGUUUCCGCCGCCGCCGCCGCUGAUCCUCCAAUAAAGAUCCGUGAUUUUCUGCCUCA